AACCCCAAGUUGGUGCGAGCGCAGCUGGAGAGAGCGGCCACGCUCAGCACCAAGAUCGGUGCGGCUCAGAGCAGCGAGCCCAAGGGAGCGUUCGGGUUCCAGCCGGACACUUAUGGAGGAGGAAAGAAGGGAUACGGCUUUGAAAGGUAUGAUGAAGGGGAAGGCUAUAGUGAAGAUGAUCCUUUUAAGAGGAAGAAGGAGUUUUCUGAGCUUUUCAAGAAGCAGAUGAGCAUGCGGAAGGGUAACGACAGCAGUCAGAGGGAAGAGUUUGUUCCUCCAGAUAUCGACUGCCCGCUUAGAGAGGCCAGCAGCCAGAGAAUUCCCAAGCUCAGCGUAAAGGCCAGAGAGCACUGCCUGCACCUCCUGCAGGAGGCACUUCAAGGCCAGCAGGGGGCAGAAGAUGCACUCAACUCUGACAGUCUGUCCUUGGCGGUGGAUAUUGAACACGAGGUCUUCAGAAACAGCAAGUCCUCUAACUUGUACAAAGCUGUGGUGCUAAAGAAGGUAACAGAGAUGAAGAAAGCGGCACCUGCUUCAGCAGGUCGAGAUAAAGGAGAAGGUGCUAGGAGCAGCAGCGGCAGCGAUUCCAGAGAAACAGAACUCAAAGAGGCUGGAUCCUCCUCUUCAUCCUCGGUUUCUGAUGAGCCGCAGGGGUUCACGCUGGCAUCUGAGGUGUACUCGCUGAAGCGUAAGAGGGUAGGAGCAGGCCAACGGGGCUCUUCUAACCCCUUCAUAACUGCUAAGGAUUUAAUAAACCCCUCCAUGUUGGAAACGGGGGCUAACAAAGGUAGGACAAGCGGCGGAUUUUUCAAUGGCUGCUCAGGAGAAACCAUUAUGCAGGGAAAAGAAGCCAACACAGAUGCAUCAUCGCCCAUCAAAGCCAAAGCAAAUGCCGUCACGACCUCCCUGAGCAGCCCGACUAAAGGAGGCAGAGCCAUGAGCAAGAAGCAGCAGAAGCUGGCGGAAGCAGCAAAGAGUUCCCACAACAUUUCUCAUUUCUUUUUCGUGAAGAAACGUACUCCAGAGAAAAGCCAGGAUGAGGAGGAGAUGCCGAGGGAGCCCGAAGCCCCUUUAUCUCCCGCUCCAGCUUCAAUCUCCCAGGAAUACAUCAACCAGGAACCACACUCACCUGCUGCAUCGGAAGGAGAGAGCAGUGCUGCACAGUCAGAGACUGAGGAUGUGAUCCUCAUAGAAAGCAAAUCUGAGAUAAUUGUUAUACCUGAUGAUGACGAGGAGGACGGAGCUGAUAUUGCAGAACCAGUUCAAGAGACAUCUGAGCAGGACCUGACGUCCAUCACAGAACAAAACAAAGACGAAGAAGAACUUAAACCAAGUGAAGAAGAGGUUAACGCAAGUGAAAUUCCCGGGGUGACAGAUGACAUGAGAACCAUGGCGGAGUCUCCCCCUCCGGCGAAGCGCAGCCGGCCUGCGAAUGGGAGCAGCAGGAGAGUAACCUUCAACCCCAACGUGCAGGAGAGAGCCCUGCACCCGGUCACUGACUCGCCCAAGCCUGUAACACUUAAGGAAGCAGCUGAUAUCGUGGUCCGCUACCUGGACCCUUUUUACACUCAGGGAAAGUUUGCCACAAAGGAGCUGUUUAAGUCUUUCGCUCGCUACUUGUCUCACCUGCUUACAGAGGGAAGGAGCAGGGGGAAAGGCCAAGUGAAAGCAGAGGCCAAGGCUCUCAUCAAGAAGUUCUUCAGCAGCGUUCAGCGCUGUGAGAGCGAGGCAGACUGGAAGCACCUUAAGAGACCUCACAGCUGUAAAACCACAGCGAAAAGUGAAUGAAUGGGGGGAGGAAAUAUGUAGCCCUUCCUCUUUGACAGUGCCUAAACUUCUCCGGUUACGAUGACCUCAGGCUCUGUCACAGAUGCCUGCUGACGAGGUUUAUAGUCCACUUGCUGCUAUUUUGUUGUUCUUUUAAAAUGUUUUCCAGGAUGGUUGCUGAUACUGUAACUUAGGUUAAUAAAUAGUAAGCAAUAAAACAGGGACAGUUUUACAGCCUGAGAGAUCAGACAGAUGCAUGUGUGAGACUUCUUUUUAAACUGCAAACUGUGUGUAAUUCACAUGGUCUUAUUACAUCACAGUGCAGCAGUGCAGAGUUAUGCAGACCCAGUGUUGCUUGGAGCAGGAAGCCAGCUGAGGUUUUUCACAGGCUUCUCAUAGCAGGAAAAGCAGAGGUGUAAUUAUUGGCAUUCAAACAACUGCGUGCGAUUUUAAGCAAGCUGGUUUGGGGAUUUUCUGAUGUUGCCAUACUGGAACAUUU